UACGCCCAGUUUUCUGAUUGUUUCCCGAGAAAACAGAAAGCAGCCUCUCCCCUCCCCCUCUCGCUCUCUCUCUCUCGCCAGUCGCCACUGUCGCUCAUCGUCCCAACCAACAACCAAAUUCUUGCUCUAGACGAUGCAACAAGGAGGAGGAGACUACGGCUAUUACCAAUACUCUCCAAACCCCAGCGCCAAUCUAAAUCCCAAUCCAACUACCGUUCCUGACCACAGUUACGCCUCAGCGCCGCCGUUCUCCGCCAAUUAUACUCCCUCCGAUUACGCAACUCCGGCUUAUCCCGCGGCCGCCUUCCCUUCCUAUUCUCAGAAUCCCGAUCCUGUUCCCACCAUCCCUCCCACCGCUCCUUCGUACACCUCCAAUCCAAACCUCAAUUUACAACCCUUCAAUCCCGCUCCUGCUCAGCCUUCGUCUCCUUUCCCGUCAUACGAUCAACGCGGGCUUUACCAACCUCCAACGCAGCAACAGCCCUAUUAUCCGUCGUAUGAUCAGCACCAGACGGCCCCGAAUUACGCUCCUCCAUCGUCCGUCCCGCCGAACGCUAACCCUAACCCUGCCCCACCUUACACCGCUGCGUACUCGUCCUCUUACAGUAAUCUAGGCUCUUCAGUGCCGCCUGUGUAUGAAAAUUCAUAUCAGAGGAACGUGAAAUUCGAUCAAGGUGGGCGGUACUCCGAUGAAGCGUCCGCUGGCUAUCGGCCCGAUUUCGGGCCAGAUUUGUAUGGGAAGCGAUCCGAUGGUGGGAUGCUCCGUGAUGAUGGGUAUGGAUUUGGCGAUGGUGCGUAUGCUUAUAAGGGGAGUAAGGUGGAGCCAUAUGGUGCUCGAGGCACGGCUCCAAAGUCAUCAACUUGGUCCGGAUUUGAUGAUUUUGGGAGGCCAAUUAGUUUCCCUUCUGGGAAAGAUCAACCAAGUCCGACCAAGGCCAAGAUUGUGAAGGCUGUUCCAAAGGCUGAUACUCAGGAAGAUGUGAAGAGUGGUGUGCAAAAGUUUAGGGUUAAGAUCUUGCCAGAGAGUGGAGGACAGAGCACAAUGGAUGUUCUUUGCCAGAUUGGUUUGGAUGGUGUCCGUAUGCUUGAUCCUAGUACAAGUCGGACAUUACGAAUAUAUCCACUUGAUACAGUAACCAGAUUUCAGGUGUUUGAUUCAUCUAUAUUUGCAUUUUGGGCCAAAAGUUCUGUGGAUAUCGAACCAAGACGUAUCAGACUGCAGUCAAACAGCUAUACCACCAACACUAUUCUGGAUAUAGUGACUGCUGCAACUGUUCAGUUUAAGGAGAUGGGUGGAAGAAGCAAGCCUUCUGAUUCAUGGAAGCCACCUGAACUGCCUGCUGAGAAGAAAAAAGGUUUUGCUGACUUAAUGUACUUGAUAAGGCCUGGAAAUGAGGAGAAAGAUCACUGGAUUCCUGAUGAAGCAGUUUCAAAAUGUACUGCCUGUGGAACAGACUUUAGUGCUUUUGUGCGCAAGCAUCACUGCAGGAAUUGUGGAGAUAUUUUUUGCGACAAAUGUACCCAUGGUCGAAUUGCACUUACUGCUGAUGAGAAUGCUCAACCUGUUCGAGUUUGUGACCGAUGCAUGGCAGAAGUUACUCAAAGAUUGAGUAUUGCAAAAGAAGCAGCUAGUAAAUCAGCUGCAAUGCAAAGUCACGAGGAUCUAGCCAAAAAACUUCAGGACGAGAUGGAGAGGAACCGCAAGUCAACAUCAGGCUCAAGGUCUGACGGAUCAGGUAGGCGAAUGAAAGAAGUUGCAUGCCCUACUUGCACCGUCCACCUACAGGUUCAGGUUCCUAGUUCUGGUUCUGAAACCAUUGAGUGCGGGGUUUGCCAGCACCCGUUCCUCGUUAGCGCCCACUAAAAGCACGGUUAAUUCUCUUCACAAUCUUUUAUUUAAUUGAUCAGACUGUAUGUGCUUUGGCAACUAAUGCCACGCUUUUUUUUUUUUUAAUUUUCUUAUCUCUUGGUUUGUGUCACUAAUAAAUCGCAUGGUAGCAUUUGUAAAUCUCUUGGAAGUUGCUGUUGUCUUCUUCAAACCCUGUUGUUACUGGUGAUGCUUUCUGUUGCGUAAAUGUGGCAUUUUGAUCUGUCCUGCUGGAUUAUUUGCUA